GUUUGACACCUAAAAAUUUCAUUUAUAAACAAUUUGUGCGAAAACAUAGCUACUUUAGUUUCAUGCAUAAUUUAUUGUUAAAUAAAAAUGAGUUCCCCAACUAGCAAAAGUACCAACGAUGUGAGUGCUGCAAAACAACGAAAAUCAUCUAAAACGAAUUCAAAUAACAAGUCCACGAGCUUGGAUACACGCGCAGAAUUAGCCGAUCUUAUCAAGAAAAAGGCAGAGACAUCGGAGCAACUAGCAAAUUUAGAACGACAAAUUUAUGCAUUCGAAGGUUCAUAUCUUGAAGAUACACAACUUUGUGGUAAUAUAAUUCGUGGCUGGGAACGGUAUCUCACAUCAAACAAAGCUACAAAUUCCAAAGCUGACAAACGCAAUAGAAAAUUCAAGGAAGCGGAGCGUCUUUUUUCCAAAUCAAGCAUUACAUCUAUGGCAAUAUGUAACCCUGAACGUGCCAGUGAAUCAGAUUCCAUAACUAAUGAAGAUUCCAGUGAUAAUCAAAUAACUAUGAACCAAAAUACAACAACAGCACAUGAUGGCUCUUCAUCAAUAAAAACCGCUGGCAAAGAGGACAAACCUGUGGAUCGGGCAGGAACACCUACUCCGCAGCGUGAUGUUUUGAAAGAUCCUAAUACUCCCAGUUCUAACACUAGUUCCAAGAAUAAACUAUCCAACAAUUCUACCAUAUCCGCUAAAAAAAGUGGUCAUAUUAAUAAAAAAAUUAGGCACCGAUGAUUCAGGGUAAAACCUCGAUUUUUUCGAAACACUUAGAAGUCAAAAAUUAUAAUCCACAAUUUUAUUCAGCUACCAUAAUACAAACUCAACAUUUGAGACGUGAGACGGUAUUCAUCCAAUCCACUUAUAUUAGAAUAUAUAUAUUACAUAUAGAUAUUAUAUAUGUAAUGAAAAUGAUAAACACAAUGUCAAAAAUAAUAAUUCACUCAAAAUACUAUGAAAUAAAUUACUAAACCAAUAAUAAACAGUGUCACACACAUGCCACCUAACA